CAGGCACUGCCGUGGCCACCCCGGGCGGCGCGCGGGUCCUGCGGGGAGGCGGGGCCACGCAGCCCGGAAGAGACGCCGCGCGGCGCACGCCCCUUCCUUUCCGGCCUCCGCCUGGCACCCUGCAGCCGCCGCGAUGUUGAUGCCUAAGAAGAAUCGGAUCGCCAUUUACGAGCUCCUCUUUAAGGAGGGCGUGAUGGUCGCCAAGAAGGACGUCCAUAUGCCCAAACAUCCGGAGCUGGCGGACAAGAACGUGCCCAACCUUCACGUCAUGAAGGCCAUGCAGUCUCUCAAGUCUCGGGGCUACGUGAAGGAGCAGUUUGCUUGGAGACACUUCUACUGGUACCUCACGAACGAGGGCAUCCAAUAUCUACGAGAUUACCUGCACCUACCCCCGGAGAUCGUGCCCGCUACCCUGCGCCGCAGCCGUCCCGAGACUGGCAGGCCACGGCCAAAAGGUCCAGAGGGUGAGAGACCUGCAAGAUUCACAAGAGGGGAGGCCGACAGAGACACCUACAGAAGGAGCGCUGUGCCACCUGGAGCUGACAAGAAAGCUGAGGCUGGGGCUGGUUCAGCAACUGAAUUCCAGUUUAGAGGCGGCUUCGGUCGUGGGCGUGGUCAGCCACCCCAGUGAUUUUGGAGACUGUUGUAUUGAAUAAACUUUAAAGAAAAACGUG